AUGGAAAGUUCAAUCAGUGACCAUGAUUUAGUUUACAUUGCACUUCGCCUCAAAAAGGCACACACAAAACCUGUUUUUAUUACAACACGGAGUUUUAAACACUUCAACUCCCAAGCAUUCAACAAUGAUGUGGCCCUAGCGCCAUGGUCUAUAGUAGAUGCUUUUGACGAUGUUGAGGACAAAUUACAAGCUUUCAACUCAUUGUUUAUAGAUAUACUUGAUAAACACGCACCGAUAAAAACGUUUCAAAUCAGAGGUCGACCUAACCCAUGUGUAACUGAGAACAUUCGGGAACUGAUGAAGACUAGAGACAGGUGGAGAAAGAGAGCUAAGGAAACGAACGACCCUGAAGCUUGGAUUGAGUAUAAAAACCUGAAACACAAAGUAAGAUCUGAAAUCAGACUGGCUGAGCGUGAAUUUAUAAAGGAUCAAAUUAACAAGAAUCCAAAUAACACCAACAACAUCUGGAAAGCUAUUCGCCUUUGUAUCCCUAACAAGUCAUCCUCUCAAACGAUCUUUAGUAAAGAUGACAAAACUGUAGCGAAUGAUUUCAACCAGUUUUUUGUUUCUGUUGGUCAAAACACAGUUGAGGACAUUAAAUUGCUGGCAAACGAAUGUGGUUAUCGACGUGAUGUGUCCUUUAUUCCGAGACAAUACCCAUUGUCAGAACAGUUUUCAUUUAGAACUACUGACAGUGAAGAAAUUAGUCAAAUAAUAAGCUCAAUGUCUUCCAAUAAAGCCCCAGGAAUUGAUCAAAUUCCCAUUCGCGUAAUAAAAGACUGUCUGACAUCUAUACUGCCUACACUUACAUCUAUUGUUAAUUCCUCACUAGUUACUUCUACCUUUCCCACUGUUUGGAAAAUAGCAGAAGUAACACCCAUUCCUAAAGAUGGAGAUCAUGAACAAGCGAUCAAUAAUAGACCUAUUUCAUUAUUACCUGUAUUGUCGAAAGUCUGCGAACGAGCUGCCUAUAAUCAGCUUUCUUCCUAUUUAUUAGAAAAGGAAAGAUUAACGCAACACCAGAGUGGAAAUAAGAAAUGGCACUCCACCGAAACUUCUGUUAUUCAAACUACAGAUGCCAUCCUCAAUGCCAUAGCCAAAAAGAAGCUUACUGCUACAGUCUUUUUGGACAUGAGCAAGGCGUUCGACAGCAUUGAUCAUGAAUUAUUAAUAUCUAAAUUGGAAGAUGUUGGAGUCUCCAAUAUGACACUUCUUUGGUUUUGCAGUUAUCUUUCAAACAGAAAACAAGUUGUAAAGAUCCACUCAACUAAAUCAGAACUUCUUCCUGUGGUCAGUGGUGUACCCCAGGGAAGCAUUCUCGGCCCUCUUUUGUUUAGCAUAUAUGUAAAUGACUUGCCAUCCGUUCCAGAGAAAUGUAAAUCUAACAGUUAUGUGGACGACACAAAACUUAGCGUUUCCUUCCAUCUACAAAACAAGCAAGGUGCCAUUGAAGAUAUGAAUGAGGAUCUUUUGAAAGUGCGAAACUGGUGUUUCAACAACCUUCUCUUAUUAAAUCCAAAAAAGACAAAGCUCAUGGUUUUCAGAAGUAGACACAAAUUAGCGGACCUAAAUGAGUUUAGCCUAUCCCUACUUGGGAAAAAUAUAUUCCCUUCCGAAACAGUGAAAGAUCUAGGAGUUACUCUUGACCCUCUCCUUUCUUAUGACGAACACGUAACUAAGACGAUCUCUUCGUGUAUGUCCCGCCUCGGUCAGAUAAAUCGUGUUAAGCAUGUACUGGACAGGCAAACACUUAUCACUGUAAUAAACGCUCUUGUCUUCAGCAAGUUAUUUUACUGUUAG